UAUUCGUUAAUUAUAGAAAUAUAAAACUCAUAUUUCAAGUAAUAGUUGCACAACACACUCACAAAGUACAUCAGAGUUUGAAGUGUCACAAGUGAUGUAUAAACUGUAAACAUGAGUGGAUUGGGGCCACCUGGUGUGUGGGCGGCGCAGAAACGGCUGGAGUCGUGGGCGAGGGCUGCCAGGGAGAGGACCUCAAGUGCCAGCAGUGGACAGAGCCACAACUCGACUGACAGCUUCGGAGAUGACAAGUCUCAUGGCAGCCCUAGCGAAAUGCUGAUACCCAAAGAGCAAUGUCGCGUUCAGCCGCUAAGCGAGGGCAGGGUUGCCACGUCGCUGCCUCACGCGAGACUCGCUCGCACGCCCUCCAUCUCGUCGCAAAGCAGCCUGGACAGCGGCACUUCCAGGGCUACCAGUCACCGCGGUUCCUCGCCCGCCAUUAGAACCUUCGCGCCUGACGGUCGCACUCUCGAAGCUGGCGGUACCGGGGUACCGAGGUCCCCGUCUCCUCUACGUGCUGCAUCGCUGGACGUCCGUGCCGCCCCACUGGCGCACGGUUCGUUGGCCUCGCUCGCGGACUCGCCUACGCCUUCGAGUCCGAGGCAUUUGCCACCUAGAUGUCUCUCGCCGCUGCUGAUGCCGCCUAGGCGAAUAGAUCGGAGCAACUCUCUGGUAGAGAGCAGCAGCGGUCUUGGGCCGUUGAGUCCAGGGGCCGGAGCCGCUAUCAGCUCUCUCGGAGCUCUCCAACCUGAUCUAUAUACCAAGCGAGAAGCACCCCUUGUCAUAGAACUCGAAGGCGCUGGACCCUCGCUUGGCAGGAUCCAUCUGCGCUUGAAGUAUGACUUUGACCGUUCUGAUUUAGAGGUCCAUCUUAUUGAAGCGCACGAUCUCGCUGGGUACGAGGCUGGUGGUUUCAACGACCCCUACGUUCGGGUCAGUCUUCUGCCCGAAGUCGACACUCGUGUACGACAGACGCCCGUACAUCGGAAUGAGGCCAAUCCAUUCUUCGACCAGCACUUCAAGUUCCCCGUGUCUCAUGAUGAACUCAGCGAUAAGACUCUGUUACUUCAAGUCUUUGAUUAUGAUAGAUUUUCUCGCAACGAGAUAAUGGGCUCUGCUAAAGUCCCACUAUCCCGCGUGGAAGUGGCUGGUGGCGCAGAAGUAUGGGCGGAGUUGUCUCGCGAGCGACGUCCUCCAGAGGAACUUCAAGAACUACUGCUGUCUCUCUCAUAUCUCCCGUCUGCCGAGAGAUUAACUGUAGUUGUGCUGAAGGCUAGGAAUUUGCUGCCUCCGCAAGAAGGCAAAGAUGCUUUGGAUGUGUAUGUAAAGGUGUAUUUGCUGGUUAAUGGCAAGCGCGUGAAAAAGAAGAAGACUAACAGGAAAGAGAUUAAUAACCCGGUGUGGAACGAGGCUCUCUCUUUUAGCUUGCCGUCGACUAACCUCCAGGAAGCUUCUAUAGAGGUAUGCGUGGUCAGCGGUGGUAGUAGCGGCCUGGUGGUGGGGUGGUGCUGCGUGGGCGCAGCCGAGCCCGCCGCCGAGGGCCGCCACUGGGCGCAGAUGGCGCACGAGCAUCGCAAGGCGGUUGCCAUGUGGCACACGCUCAGAUAAAUUAACAUGACUAACAUUCAGUGUGGAUCUGGCUUUAUUACAUGUUUUAAAAGUAAAUUCCCUGAGAUUCCAAUCUCCAGGGCUCCAGCCUAGGCGAAUAUUUAAUUCGCAAAAACCUAAUUAGGUGCGUACUGUGAAUAAUCCAGGCUUCGGUCGAAAUGCUGCCAGAAUUUAAUUCGCAAAUCGCACUAACUCCCAAACUUUUCUGAGGUUGUAAAUUUAGUGUAGUGAAUCUUUUUAUAUUUUAUACCUAUGUAGUUAUCUCUGAAAAAUGGCAAAUAUUCUUCCUUUAUAGUAUGAAUUAUACAAACGAAUUAACAUUUGACUAUUACUUUCUUACGGCUAUUGUUGUAGUUGACUUCGGGGUAGUCAAACGUUGCCGCAAUUAUUGAAUUAAAUUUGAUUCCACAUCCAAGUACUUAUUGCGAAAGUGGUGAUUUUACUAUUCCCUUCAAAGGAAGGGCCAGACAAGAGCCGCUAUCCCCAAGCCGGUGAGAGGCGGGAAAAAUGUUCACAUAUAAAAAACUUAGGUGUUAAUUAUAUCUGCUCUACAAAAUAAUCUAGAUUCACACUUGAAUGGUGUCAUACAAUAAAUUAUGUAAUUAAUAUAAUAAUGUUCACGAAAAUCGACUAUAACACACCCUGCCUUCCUAUCUAUCCAUAUUUAGCUGUGGGUAUUCUAUCCUUCCCGCUCCUAUUUUACCUAUCUAGAGUAUUUAAUAUAAUACAGUUAUGAAUUUAUCUUGUGAAACGCAUGACAAUCCAUUGAACGAAAUAUGUUUAGUAAUAAAAUUGAGCUUUUGGAACACCAAACAAAUCUUAUGAAUUGAUAGAAUUUUAUAUGAAAAUGUUAAUUUUUUGGAAAUAUUUGACAAAAUCAUAUUAGACAAAUAAAAUUGUUAUCUCAGUGUUAAUGUUUGUACCCACAGCUAUUCUAUCAUAGUUAUAUACGAAUAUAAAUAUUGUGUAGUAGACAUUCAUGAGAAUGGAUUCCUUCAGUUCGAAGGUUUUAUGAAAUAUAUCGAAUUUUACUCCAAAUAUAUACAUAUAUAUAAUAUACGUACAUAUUUUGAUCUAAGUGUGUAUCUGUGUGGAGGAAAUUAAUUUACUUUAUAUUUAUUUACAAUGUCCGAAUAUAAAGUGUCUAUUUGUAAGAUUAA